GGCGCUAGUGGUAACUGCCAACUGGCAAGUCUGCAGUACAGUAGUCUCCUAUCUUUGGGUUAGCUCUGAAAUACGUAAGCAAAACUUUGACGUGUCAAAAAAAAUUCCAAGAGAAGUCCGAAUCAUUUUCGGUGUUGGAUUACAAAAUCCUUUGCCAUAUUUAUUGCCUUAUAGUUCGGAUUGAACUGAUUAGUUGAGGAGGAUUGCCAUGUCGACCAAACGAAUUUUUAGCAGUAUAUUGUUGCUGCUACAUUUAAGUUAUGGGUUUUAUCUUCCCGGUUUGGCUCCCGUCAAUUACUGUAUUAAAAAUAAACAAAGUGACUCAUGCAAAAAUGAUGUACCAGUUUUUGUUAAUCGUCUCAAUUCAGAAGAAGCUAUAAUUCCUUACGAAUACCAUCAUUUUGACUUCUGCACUGAUGACCAUGAAACAGGCCCGGUUGAAAACUUGGGCCAAGUUGUUUUUGGUGAACGAAUUCGUUCUAGUCCAUACAAGUUGGAAUUCAAAAACAAUCAAGAAUGGAAUUAUGCUUGCAAGAAAUCAUAUCAACCUGGCAACCAAGAUGAUCUGAAGAAAAUUAAGGAACUAAUUCAUGGCAUAUCAUUGAACUAUCAACACCAUUGGAUUGUUGACAACAUGCCUGUAACAUGGUGUUAUCAAGGUGAACCUGGCCAACAGUUCUGCAGUACUGGUUUCCCAAUGGGCUGUUAUCUUCCCAAGUCUGGAAAACCAAAAGAUGCCUGUGUUAUGAAUCCUGCCUUCAGCAAACCGGAUACUUAUUACAUUUUUAACCAUAUUGAUCUCACCAUUACCUAUCACGGUGGAAAAGGAGAAACUUGGGGGGCCGAGUUGGAUGAUAAUAUUGGGCGAAUUUUGAGUGUCAAAGUUGGAUUACGCUCUCUUAGCGUAGAAAAAGAUCCUACGUCGCCUCCAAUGAUCGUUCCUAAAGAACUAAAGGAGCCGCUUACAAUCACGUACACCUACUCCGUAAAAUUCAUUGAUGAUCCUAUGACGAAAUGGUCAUCUCGUUGGGAUUAUUUACUCGAAUCGAUGCCGAGUGCUAACAUUCAAUGGUUUUCCAUUUUGAAUUCGUUGGUUAUUGUCCUCUUUUUAUCUGGCAUGGUAGCAAUGAUUUUGCUACGUACCCUGCACAAAGAUAUCGCCCGCUACAAUCAAAUUGAUUCUGGAGAAGACGCACAAGAAGAGUUUGGUUGGAAACUUGUUCAUGGAGAUAUUUUCCGCCCUCCGCGAAAGGGAAUGUUGCUCUCAGUUUUUGUGGGAUCGGGUGUUCAAGUUUUCAUCAUGACUUUGAUCACACUGAUCUUUGCUUGUCUUGGAUUCCUUUCACCGGCCAACAGGGGUGCUCUAAUGACAUGUGCAUUAGUUCUGUACGUGUGCUUAGGGACACCAGCCGGAUAUGUGUCAUCACGAAUCUACAAAUCAUUCGGGGGCGAGAGAUGGAAAUUGAAUGUUCUUCUGACGUCCAUGCUUUGUCCUGGGAUUGUCUUUGGAGUCUUUUUCAUCUUAAAUUUAGUUCUUUGGAGCAAAGGUAGCUCUGGCGCUAUCUCCUUUGGCAUAUUGGUAGCAUUGUUAGCCCUUUGGUUUGGCAUUUCGGUUCCACUUACCUUCGUCGGUGCAUUUUUUGGCUUUCGUAAAAGGCCCAUUGAGCACCCUGUUCGGACAAAUCAAAUCCCACGGCAGGUUCCUGACCAAAGUGUUUACACCCGUCCGGCACCAGGCAUCGUCAUGGGAGGCGUUUUGCCGUUUGGUUGCAUCUUCAUCCAGCUAUUUUUCAUCCUAAAUUCACUGUGGUCCAACCAAAUGUACUACAUGUUUGGAUUUCUCUUCUUGGUCUUCAUCAUUUUGGUCAUCACAUGUUCAGAAACUACCGUUCUACUCUGCUACUUUCAUUUGUGUGCUGAGGACUAUCACUGGUGGUGGCGCAGUUUUUUGACAAGCGGGUUUACAGCCUUUUACUUGUUCCUUUAUUGCGUCCACUAUUUUGUCACCAAACUGGAAAUUCAAGAUGCCACAUCCACUUUCCUUUACUUUGGAUACACUUUCAUCAUGGUUUUCAUGUUCUUCCUUCUUUCCGGGACCAUUGGUUUCUUUGCUUGCUUUUGGUUUGUCCGCAAAAUUUAUUCAGUGGUGAAAGUGGAUUAAUUUUAUGUUACAAAAAUGCUGGCCAUACUUACUAGCAAGCAUUAAUAAAGGUAUUUAGUUGUUUCUGUUUGCAGUUGAUACAAUUGAUCAUUAUUAUUAAUUAUUCUCUCAGCUCAUGCACACCAGUAUUGAUUGCAUCAUGAUUUUCCUUGUAAUAAGAUAAGCAUUUCUACACAUGUUUUUUUUUUAUUGGUCAUACUGGUAGAAAAAGAAAGGAGUAAAAUUGACUAUUCAAAGAUAAA